AUGCGUUCAUCCCACCUAUACGGUUUGUUGUUAUGCGCAAUGCUCAUUCUUGCUGUGCAUCAAGCGAGUGGAAAUCUGACCAAUGCGUCAGCUUCGGCAGAACCUGCGCCCACCAACGAUAGUGCUGUUCACAAACGACAACGACGUUGGGGAAAAGUUAAAACUACAGUCUGCGGUAACGGCGUGAUCACACUAGCCAAUGGGAAAAUCAUUUGUGCAUGA